UCUUCUUCCCGGCUGUACCGUCCUGCAAAGUAACAUUUGCGAGGCAAAAGAAAAACCAUCAAMAUGGCUAUGGUAUCAGAAUUUCUGAAGCAGGCAUGGUUCAUGGACAACCAGGAACAGGAAUGUAUUAAAAGUGCAAAAGGUGGCCACCCCAUCCAGUCAUACCCUAACUUCGAUCCAUCAGCUGAUGCAGCUGCUCUUGAUAAGGCUAUUACUGUAAAGGGUGUGGAUGAAGCCACCAUCAUUGAUAUCUUAACCAAAAGAAAAAAUUCUGAGCGCCAGAUGAUCAAAAGUGCCUAUCAGCAGUUGAAGGGAAAGAGUCUGGAAGAUGCCUUGAAAAAAGUUCUGAAAAGUCACCUGGAAGAUGUUGUUGUGGCUUUACUGAAAACUCCAGCUCAGUUUGAUGCUGAAGAAUUAAGGGCCUCUAUGAAGGGGCUUGGAACUGAUGAAGAUACUUUAAUUGAGAUUAUGGCCUCAAGAAACAACAAGGAGAUCAGAGAAGCCAGCAGAUACUACAAAGAAGUGCUGAAGAGAGAUCUGACACAAGAUAUUAUUUCUGACACAUCUGGAGACUUUCAGAAGGCUUUGGUUUCUCUAGCCAAGGGUGAUCGAAGUGAAGAUCCUUAUGUGAAUGAUGAGCUUGCUGACAACGAUGCCAGGGCCUUAUAUGAAGCUGGAGAGAAAAGAAAGGGAACUGACAUUAAUGUGUUUGUUACUCUUCUUACAACAAGAAGCUACCCCCAUCUUCGAAGGGUCUUUCAGAAGUACACUAAAUACAGCCAGCAUGACAUGAACAAGGUACUGGAUUUGGAGCUGAAGGGUGAUAUUGAGAACUGUCUUACUGCCCUUGUGAAAUGUGCCACAAGCAAGCCUGCUUUCUUUGCUGAAAAACUCCACUUGGCGAUGAAGGGUUCUGGGACACGGCACAAAACACUCAUCAGAAUCAUGGUUUCACGCUCUGAGGUGGACAUGCAUGAGAUCAAAGGCUACUACAAGAAACUGUAUGGCAUUUCUCUCUGCCAAGCCAUUAUGGAUGAACUCAAAGGAGAUUAUGAAAACAUCCUUGUGGCUCUAUGUGGGAAGGAAAACUAACAAUUCACUCCCUGUUACUGAUGAUUUUUAUCUUUGCCUUAGCUGUCUAUAAGCAAAAUAUGAGCUAUACACAUCAAGGUUUCUCUGGAGUGGUACUUAGUCCACAUAUGUUACCUGGAAAACCUGUAACCUGGAAUGUAUUUUUGGGGAUUUUUAUUCUGUAUGGCAUGAAUUUAUACCAUUAUUUAUCGAAAGCCAAGGAAAGCUCUCAUAUUUCUGUUUGCUUGAUUAAUCAUGCAAUUGCAAAGUUUUCAUCCAAGUAAAGCAAAUUAAUAUUGAAAAAUAAAUUAACCAGUGUGAGACUUAAUAAUAUGGCACUUUUCUGCAUUUAAUACUACGUUGUCUGCAUACAGUUCAGGGGAGAAACAUCAACAAAUGAUUAGUAUAAUAAAUAAAUAAUGUAACAAAUUUAUGCAAUAUGGCUGAACCUUUCCAUUUUAUUAUUUUCUAUCCAUAUUAUUUUUCCAUUUAUUUCAGCUAAGGUGCAUGAAAACCAAGGAUUAAAAAAUAGCCGAAGAUAACGUCUUAGUAAAUACUUUAUGAAUAUCUUUAAAAAAAAAAAAAAGCUAAUGAUAACCUCUGCUUUUUUGUUAUUGUUUAAAUUACAGAAUAAAGAGGCUUGCUAUGCUGUGUAAAUAGUAAUAAAAUGAAUUGAAAAAUA